UGGGGAUAUAAUUUCUGAAGGGUCUCUGUCAAACCUUAAGAAAAGAUAUUUAAAAGUAGCACUGGGUCCUGAUAUAAUAUACAUAAUGUUUACAUUACAGUAUUACACACACACAUAUUAGAAUGGGCUGAAGACCAAAAUAGUUAAGAGAACAUGACAAAGUACAGCAAACCUUAUUAAAUCCUGACGACUAAAGUGGUCAAUAAGCUCUAGCUUCUCAUCCAUCACCACUUCCUAAAUGUUUCUCUCUCUAUAUCUCUUGCAAGCUUUCUCGCAGAAGUGAUACCAUAUUUUAUUAUUUUGUAUAGAAAAAAUGAUAUAUUUACAUCGCAUAUAUUUCAUCAUCGUCCUCUUCACACUAAUUUUCCAUGGGCGUCUUGGUUUUUCCGACAACAAUAAACUUCACGAGGCCGAAGUGAGGGCAUUAAAGGAGAUAGGGAAGAAGCUAGGGAAGAAAGAUUGGGACUUCAACAAAGAUCCAUGUAGUGGUGAAGGCACUUGGAUUGUAACAACUUACACAACCAAAGGGUUUGAGAGUAAUAUCACUUGUGAUUGCUCCUUUCUUCCUCAAAACUCUUCUUGCCACGUCAUUAGAAUAGCUCUGAAGUCGCAGAACUUAACAGGCAUUGUCCCUCCAGAAUUCUCUAAGCUUCGUCACCUUAAAGUUUUAGACCUAAGCCGUAACUCUCUGACUGGUUCCAUUCCAAAGGAAUGGGCUUCUAUGCGCUUGGAAGAUUUAUCUUUCAUGGGGAACCGAUUGUCUGGUCCGUUUCCGAAAGUCCUGACCCGCCUUACAAUGCUCAGAAACUUGAGCCUAGAAGGAAAUCAGUUUUCAGGACCAAUCCCUCCUGAUAUUGGACAGUUGGUUCAUUUGGAGAAACUUCAUCUCCCUUCAAAUGCUUUCACUGGUCCAUUGACUGAAAAACUUGGAUUGCUCAAGAACCUGACUGAUAUGAGGAUAAGUGAUAAUAAUUUCACUGGACCAAUACCAGAUUUCAUCAGCAAUUGGACAAGAAUACUGAAACUGCAGAUGCAUGGUUGCGGUUUGGAUGGUCCGAUACCUUCCAGUAUUUCUAGCUUAACAAGCUUGACCGACCUGAGAAUUAGCGACUUAGGAGGCAAACCGUCUUCCUUCCCCCCACUGAAGAAUUUGGAAUCUAUCAAGACGCUGAUACUGAGAAAAUGCAAAAUAAUUGGCCCAAUUCCAAAAUAUAUUGGGGACUUGAAGAAGCUCAAAACACUUGACCUCAGUUUUAAUCUCCUAAGUGGUGAGAUUCCUUCAUCGUUUGAAAAUAUGAAGAAAGCCGAUUUCAUUUAUUUGACAGGAAACAAAUUGACAGGAGGGGUUCCAAACUACUUUGUCGAAAGAAAUAAAAAUGUAGAUGUUUCUUUUAAUAACUUCACCGAUGAAAGUUCAAUUCCUAGCCAUGACUGUAACCGAGUUACUUCAAAUUUGGUGGAAAGCUUCGCCUUGGGGAACAAAUCACACAAGGGUUCAACCUGUUUUCUUCAACGCAUGCCUUGUGUUCAUCCUAAGAGAUAUCAUUUAUAUAAAUUGUACAUAAAUUGCGGAGGAGGUGAAGUAAAAGUGGAUAAAGAAAUAACAUAUCAGGCUGAUGACGAACCCAAAGGUGCUUCUAUGUACGUCCUUGGCGCUAACAAGCGCUGGGCGUUGAGCAGCACCGGGAACUUCAUGGACAAUGAUGACGAUGCUGAUGAGUAUACUGUGCAGAACACAUCCAGGUUAUCAGUUAAUGCUUCCUCUCCCAGCUUUGGACUUUAUAGGACAGCUCGAGUCUCUCCUUUAUCGUUGACUUACUACGGAAUCUGUCUUGGAAAUGGGAACUACACUGUGAAUCUCCACUUUGCUGAGAUCAUCUUUACCGAUGACAAUACAUUAUACAGUCUCGGCAAACGUUUGUUUGAUAUUUAUGUUCAGGAUCAGUUGGUGAUUAAAAACUUUAACAUUCAAGAAGCUGCUCGAGGAUCAGGUAAGCCAAUCAUUAAAUCGUUUCUGGUAAAUGUAACGGACCAUACUCUGAAGAUUGGUUUGCGAUGGGCUGGCAAAGGGACAACAGGCAUUCCGAUUAGAGGGGUAUAUGGUCCUAUGAUUUCAGCUAUAUCUGUGGAACCCAAUUUCAAACCUCCGGUAUAUUAUGACACAAAGGAUAUCAUACUAAAAGUGGGGGUACCUGUCGCUGCAGCAACACUUCUUUUGUUUAUCAUAGUGGGUGUAUUCUGGAAAAAAAGGCGUGACAAAAAUGAUAUUGACAAAGAGCUAAGGGGUCUAGAUCUUCAAACUGGAACUUUUACUCUACGGCAGAUAAAAGCAGCCACUGAUAAUUUCGAUGUAACAAGAAAGAUUGGUGAAGGUGGAUUUGGCUCUGUUUACAAGGGUGAAUUAUCUGAGGGGAAAUUAAUUGCAGUUAAACAACUGUCUGCAAAAUCGAGGCAGGGAAAUCGCGAGUUUGUAAAUGAGAUAGGAAUGAUCUCAGCUCUUCAACAUCCGAAUCUUGUGAAGCUAUAUGGAUGUUGUGUUGAAGGAAACCAAUUGAUAUUGGUGUAUGAGUACUUGGAGAACAACUGUCUAUCUCGAGCGUUAUUUGGAAAGGAUGAGAGUUCUAGACUGAAACUAGACUGGUCAACAAGGAAGAAGAUUUUUUUGGGGAUAGCCAAGGGACUGACAUUUCUCCAUGAAGAAUCUAGGAUAAAGAUUGUACACAGAGAUAUAAAGGCAAGCAAUGUGUUACUCGAUAAGGAUCUCAACGCUAAAAUUUCUGACUUUGGUUUGGCAAAGCUGAAUGAUGAUGGAAACACACACAUCAGCACUCGUAUUGCAGGAACUAUAGGUUAUAUGGCUCCUGAAUAUGCAAUGCGUGGUUACUUGACUGAAAAAGCGGAUGUUUAUAGCUUCGGCGUCGUUGCACUCGAAAUCGUUAGUGGAAAGAGUAACACAAACUUUAGGCCAACCGAGGACUUUGUUUACCUUCUUGAUUGGGCUUACGUUUUGCAAGAGAGAGGAAGCUUACUAGAGCUGGUUGAUCCAACGUUAGCCUCAGAUUACUCAGAAGAGGAAGCCAUGUUGAUGCUGAACGUGGCAUUGAUGUGCACUAACGCAUCACCGACUCUAAGGCCUACAAUGUCGCAGGUGGUGAGUCUCAUAGAGGGGAAGACAGCGAUGCAAGAGUUGCUGUCGGAUCCGAGCUUCUCAACGGUUAACCCGAAGCUUAAAGCCUUGAGGAACCAUUUUUGGCAAAACGAGCUGAGCAGAUCGCUUAGCUUCUCCACAAGCGGGCCUCGUACUGCCUCUGCUAACUCACUCGUUGAUGCAGAGGAGAAAACCGGACUUUUGGAUUAAGUUCUUAAAAUUCCAAAUUUUUAGUGAAAUUCGCGAGAGUAAUGAAGUUUUCACCAAUGAAAAGAGUUUGCUUUUAAGUGUAUAUAUAGUUGGAAGUUCUUUAGCUCAAAAUAGUGUUAUAUGAACUAAAGUGAUCUCAAAAUCAGACGAAAGACUAAUAUAUAUAUAUAAAGGCGGUAGUGUUUGCCGCAGCCGCUGCCGCUGCCGCAACCGCCAGCGGUAAUGAAACGAACAAGCUCAAAUAUAAAAAAGAUUCAGACAAAAAUAAUGCUUGGCACUAUCUCUGUUCCUCAUUUUUGUGUUCGCUACUUGCUUCUCUUUAUCUGCAGAUCAAACCUUGUUUAAACGUGAGCUAAAUCAGAUAAAAUAACUUGAAUAUAGCAUAGAUCUCUCUAGACAUAAUUAUGUGUCAAUAUACUAAGGACAUUUCGAAGGACACAAUCAAACCAACUUUGAUAAAAAGUUUGAGUCGCACAAAUGCAACAAAAGAUAUAUAUGUCCCUUGAUUAACAUCGAAGGGAAAAGAAGUAAACCAAAAUGAAAUUAGACCCUAUGAUUCCAGUUAUUUCUUGACAAGGAUUAGAUACCAAUCACUAUGUUUUUGGAACUCUAGCUAAAGCUCUAGUUCAAUUAUUCCAACUGGAAUAUGUAAUGUUUCUGUUCACGUGUGAAGUAUUUGUGAGUGUGUGUGUAAUUUACAUUUUAC